AAUAACAUUUCUCAACCGCGCCGAGUUGCUCGGACUCUCCCGGCACGUGACUCGCCGUCCGGUGAUCCCAUCGCCGCCAUUUAUCCGAUCUCCGAUCCGGAGCUAUAUUUUCCCUCUCUUUCUUGACAAACGAUGCGAAAGUUUUCGUCAGCUUUCUCGUAUUCAGAUCUGUGGCUCUGAUUCCAAUUUAGAUUGCGGAUUCGAGUUCUUCAUGGCGUCGAGAAACCGAACGCUUCUCUACAGGAAGUACAGGGACGCCCUCAAGAGCGUCCGCGUUCCUGUGAGUUCGUCGCUGUCUUCGUCAACUCCUUCGACGAGUUCUGGCGGUGGCCCGGUGAUCGAAUUGGUCAGUACUUCGCUUCUGAAUCCGAAUCGGUCUUAUGUUCCUCUCAGCACGGAGGAUCCGGGAAAUUCCAGUAAGGGGGCACUUACAGUGGGUCUACCUCCAGCUUGGGUGGAUGUAUCCGAAGAAAUAUCAGCAAACGUGCAACGGGCACGUACAAAAAUGGCUGAAUUAGUCAAAGCUCAUGCUAAGGCUUUAAUGCCGUCCUUUGGUGAUGGUAAAGAAGAUCAGCACAGGAUUGAGUCUCUUACCCAAGAGAUAACUGAUCUUUUGAAGAAAUCAGAGAAGAGAUUGCAGAAACUUUCUUCCACGGGGCCAUCUGAGGAUUCAAAUGUUAGAAAAAAUGUGCAGCGCUCUCUUGCUACCGACCUCCAGAACCUUUCAAUGGAGCUUCGCAAGAAACAGUCAUCAUAUUUGAAGCGUCUCCGGCAGCAAAAGGAAGGUCAGGAUGGGGUUGACUUGGAGAUGAACUUAAAUGGAAAUAAAUCUAUGAGGGAAGAUGACGAGUUCAGCGACUUGGGGUUUAAUGAGCAUCAGAUGACCAAGCUAAAGAAAAAUGAGGCCUUUACAGCUGAGAGGGAGAGAGAGAUCCAACAGGUUGUGGAAUCAGUAAAUGAGCUUGCUCAAAUCAUGAAAGAUCUGUCAGUCCUUGUGAUAGACCAGGGCACCAUUGUUGAUCGAAUAGAUUACAACAUUCAGAAUGUCGCGGCAUCAGUGGAGGAGGGCUUCAAACAACUGCAGAAGGCAGAGAGAACUCAGAAAAAGGGGGGAAUGGUGAUGUGUGCUACAGUGCUCGUCAUCAUGUGCUUCGUCAUGUUGGUCCUUCUAAUCCUCAAGACGAUAUUAUUGUGAUCUGUAAACUCGCUUUUCUUUGGAUCUCACUACAAUUAUUGUACCCCAUUCAAAUUUUAUACGCUCAUACAGGCAGUGCUGCUGUGCCCAGCAGAAGAAUUUGGGACUUUUGAAUUGCCCCAUCCGAUACCUUAGAUUAGGUUCCUUUUCUUUUUACCUUCUUGUUUGUGGGAAAGUUGGGUUAGGGUUGGGGUUGAGGUUGAGGCGGGGUGGCGUUAACUAAAUGAAUUCACGCUUCAUGAGCAUGUAUAGCUUUUAUAGUAUUUGCACCAUAGGUGAUGGUGUCAUUUCCAGGGGGGUCUUGUUAUCGAUUCUUUGAGAUGCUGCAGAAUUUUUGUAAUUCGAUUAGUCCUUUUUGUGAGGUAAUGAGAUUUGUUCUUCUUCUUGUAUCAAUUCUUUUGUUUAAUAAAAUGGAAGGCGUCCCAUUUUAGUACUGCUAA